AUGGCACUUCAUGCUGCAACUUCGAUUAGCAUGUUUUCACGGCGAUUAUCAAAAACGAGAUUGAGGGAGUUGGCAAUGAUUUCAAUGAAGCGAAGUAAAACUUUAGCGAGGAAACUUCUCAUCCGAAUCAAUCAUUCUCCAAUCCAUCGCAGCAAUAAGGGCUUGCAAACGGAUGACUUGAGAUCUUUGAAACGAGCGGUUGUAGCAAACAUUGCUGUUCAUCCUUCAACGUUGAGGAAGGUUCCCUCAGCCCCCCAGUGGCCAACGUUAAGAGAGCCUUCUAGACGCAGAGUCCAAUUGCGCCGGAGUGGUCUGAUCUCUUCAGUGAAAAUUUCUCCCAAACCUUCAAGAGACCAAAUUGGUGAUGAAGUGUCUCCCGCAAUACCUUCUAUAACGACGCCCGUUGAACAACAAAACCGUCCUCCCGUCAGUCCAAAGUCGUUUCUCGGAUUGACUCCCAUCGCGCCAAUCCACCUCAGAGGAGAGAGCCGUGCGUUGAGCAAACAGCUCACAAGAGAGGCUUGCCCUCCGGUUGUGAUCGAACCAAAGGAUUCCGUCUUUCCUAUUUUUGUUCAAGCACCAGAAGAUGUAGUAACGAAGCCGCUGGAAUUUGCCCAGGAGCCUUCGCCCCAUCCCAGAAGAGUCUCAAAGCUUUCCUUAUCGCGAGUUUCACCCCUAAGAAUUCCAUUUGAAAUAUCAGAUCAGCGCGACCUUGGCUCGAUGACUGUGUCUGCAUUGGAGACAGAAGAGGGUAGGAAACCCGCUGAGGUGAGGAUGCGAGCUCAGCAGUUGCGUGAGUUGGAGAGGCUUCGGUACGAAGAGAGACUAAAAUCGGGCAUCAGUGAUGUUGAACGGAAAAUGGAAGAGGGCGAGAGAACCCAUAGAGAGGAGUUGGAAACACUUCGCAAAAGCCAUGAGAGGGAACUGAAAUCCGCCAUUGAAGAAGAAGUAGAACGGAAAGUCAGAGAGCUGAAGCAAAUCCACCAAGCUGACAUAGACAAACUUCGUGAAAGUGAUAAAGGGCAUCCCUUGCCUGCGUCUGGGGAAGGCCUUGAGCUCCAAAUGGGAGAGUUGAAGAGAACCCAUAGAGAUGAGUUGGAGAAACUUCGCAAAAGCCACGAGAGGGAAUUGAAAUCCGCCAUUGAAGAAGAAGUAGAACGAAAAGUCAGAGAGCUGAAGCAAAUCCAUCAAGCUGAGAUAGACAAACUUCGUGAAAGUGAUAAAGGGCAUCCCUUGUCUGGGGAAGGCCUUGAGCUUCAAAUGGAAGAGUUGAAGAGAACCCAUAGAGAUGAGUUGGAGAAACUUCGCAAAAGCCACGAGAGGGAAUUGAAAUCCGCCAUUGAAGAAGAAGUAGAACGGAAAGUCAGAGAGCUGAAGCAAAUCCACCAAGCUGACAUAGACAAACUUCGUGAAAGUGAUAAAGGGCAUCCCUUGUCUGGGGAAGGCCUUGAGCUCCAAAUGGGAGAGUUGAAGAGAACCCAUAGAGAUGAGUUGGAGAAACUUCGCAAAAGCCACGAGAGGGAAUUGAAAUCCGCCAUUGAAGAAGAAGUAGAACGAAAAGUCAGAGAGCUGAAGCAAAUCCAUCAAGCUGAGAUAGACAAACUUCGUGAAAGUGAUAAAGGGCAUCCCUUGUCUGGGGAAGGCCUUGAGCUUCAAAUGGAAGAGUUGAAGAGAACCCAUAGAGAUGAGUUGGAGAAACUUCGCAAAAGCCACGAGAGGGAAUUGAAAUCCGCCAUUGAAGAAGAAGUAGAACGGAAAGUCAGAGAGCUGAAGCAAAUCCACCAAGCUGACAUAGACAAACUUCGUGAAAGUGAUAAAGGGCAUCCCUUGCCUGCGUCUGGGGAAGGCCUUGAGCUCCAAAUGGGAGAAUUGAAGAGAACCCAUAGAGAUGAGUUGGAGAAAUUUCGCAAAAGCCACGAGAGGGAAUUGAAAUCCGCCAUUGAAGAAGAAGUAGAACGGAAAGUCAGAGAGCUGAAGGAAAUCCACCAAGCUGACAUAGACAAACUUCGUGAAAGUGAUAAAGGGCAUCCCUUGCUUGCGUCUGGGGAAGGCCUUGAGCUCCAAAUGGAAGAGUUGAAGAGAACCCAUAGAGAUGAGUUGGAGACACUUCGCAGAAGCCAUGAACAAGAAAAACAAAAUCUGGAGAACCAACGCGAUCAAGCGAAAUCGGAAGCUCAAAAGUUGAAAAAAGCACUCGAGGAUGAAAAAUCAAAACAAUCAGAAAACGACAUGAAUCUCCGAAAGAAUUUAGAAACAAUGAACAAUUCGCUGAAGGAGAGUGAGAACCUUGUGAGACAGACGAGUGAUAGAGUGAUCGUCUUGGAGACAGAAUUGAUGCGAGCUCGAGAGGAUGGUGCAACUGCGACGGGCGAGUUUGAUCGCAGGAUAAGAGAACUCGAAGAGAAAGUGAAACAAGCAAACGAGAAUGAAAAGCGUGUGAAGAUUGAAAUGGAACAGAUGGAAGCAAAUUACCGUCGGUACGUUCAAUGGUGA